CGUUUCCCGUUCCGGGCCGCGGGCAGGCGGGGCCGGGCCGGGCCGGGCCGGGGCUGCCAUGGCCGCGCUGGUGCUGCGAGCGGCGCCCAGGCUGCUGAGGGAGCGGCGGGGCCGGGGGAGGCUCGGGGCAGCGGGGCCGGGACGGGAAUCACAGUGCUUGAUCAGAAGAACAUUUUUUGGGUGUCCUCUAACUAAGGGAGGUUCUGGUCUGGUUCAGAAGACUAAAGAUGUUUGUUUGAGGUUCUGCAGACCACGAAGUUCUACAGCAGCUGCUGGCACAUCUGGAGAGGAUGCCUUGCUGAAAUGGGGCCUUCUCCUCGUCCCUCUGACCACAUUUGGUCUUGGCACAUGGCAGGUGCAGCGGCGCAAGUGGAAAUUAGAUUUGAUUGCACAGCUGGCAUCCAGAAUCAGAGCAGAUCCCAUCCCUCUGACAUUAGACCCCAUGGAACUGAAGGAGUUGGAGUACAGACCCGUGCGGGUCCGAGGGCGUUUUGACCACUCCAAGGAGCUGUACAUCCUGCCCCGCUCCCUGCUGGAUCCCGAGCGGGAGGCGCGGGAGGCGGGCAGGAUCACAUCCCACCCGGAGAACGGAGCCAACGUCGUCACCCCCUUCUACUGCACAGAGCUCGGGGUCACGAUUUUAGUCAACCGAGGAUUUGUGCCCAGGAAGAAACUGAAACCAGAGACCAGGCUGAAGGGACAGAUUGAAGAUGAGAUUGAUCUCACAGGGGUGGUGAGGUUAACAGAAAAAAGGAAACCCUUUGUGCCUGAAAACAACAUUGAAAAAAACCGCUGGCACUACCGGGACCUGGAGGCCAUGGCCAAGGUGACCGGUGCUGAGCCCAUCUUCAUCGAUGCAGACUUCAGAAGCACAGUCCCGGGGGGGCCCAUCGGGGGCCAGACCAGGGUGAGCCUGCGGAACGAGCACAUGCAGUACAUUGUCACCUGGUACAGCUUGUGUGCUGCAACUUCCUUCUUGUGGUACAAGAAAUUUAUACAGAAGCUACCUCUGUGAGGGGAAGGAAGAAACAUCUUUGUGCUACAGUCAAGGACAGACUUUUAUGGAUGACAGGAGCCUGGUCAGUCCUAAAUAACUGAAGGACCUGGAAUUCCAGAGCAGUUUGAGCAAACAUUAUCAAGCUGCACAUAGACUUUAAACAAUCCCUGCAAACUGAGCUCCCACCAGUGUGAUCUGGCUGCAGCUUGGGAGCACUGAACUUCAACAGUAAUCACAAGAAUACAUUUUUCUAACGUGGUUGCUUGUCAGCUACAUUUUAACAUCUCCAAUUUUUUUUCUUUCAAGACAAAUCCAGAGGAUUUUGUGAAUCAGUCUAUUUGCAGCAAGUCCUUCCUGAAGUCAGGAAUGGCUCACAGCAGCUGCAGAAUAAAUAAAGGCCUUCAGGUCUUUGCCUUGUGA